AUGAUUAUGAUGAGCAUUAUGAAAGAUGAUGUAAUCAGUAAUGAGAACAAAAAUGGAGUACAUCAUGAGGAAUACAAGGAAAAAUGGAAAAACAGAGAGGAAAUCAAUCACAACUCACUUUCAAGCUGUGCUGAUGAGGAUUUCCAGUGUGUUGAUGGAAGCUGUUUGCCUGCCAGUCAACAGUGUAAUGGCCAUGCUGAUUGUACAGAUAACAGUGAUGAAGAAAACUGUAUGGCAACUAAUGCCUUGACCAGUAACGCAUUAGUACCUUACUCUUCCUGGUACUGUUUUUGCCUGAUUUAUUUCUUAGUUUCAAGGUACAUUAUUAUAUUAAAAUAAGCAGAAAAAAAAACAUUAUGACCAUAACUUAUUGCAUACAAAAACCAAAUAAACAUCAGAACAAUUCAUUCCAAACACUCCAAUUCAUUCCUUUUUUUUUAGCAAAUAUAUCAAUCUCAGAAAAAAUAAUUUAUUUAAAACAAUUAUUUCAAUGGGAAAUCAUUCUCUCACAUAUAAUGAAAUUUAUAGCAAUGGUGAUAUAAAAUCCCAGAAAAAUUACUCUCAUCUUUAAUUAUAAUAAAAAAGUCUGUUAAAUUGCUUCAUUAAGAAUUAAAUCAUGAAGUUCUAAAAUUUUCUCAUAUGAGAUAUAUGGAAAAAAAGUGCAAAUUUCUAUCAGUAUUAGAAAUCCCUGCUGUAAUUUUGUCAACAGCAGGUAUUACAAGUAUUUAUAUUUAGUUUAUUAAGGUGCUGGUUGUGAAAUAAUUUUAUGCAUACACACAUACAAAUAAACGAACAUCAUCAUCAUCAACACCACCUUUGAUUUUGGAACUUCCUGUCCUGAUUUUGGAAUUUCCUGUCCUAGUGAAGAGGUGUCCCAUUUGCAAUGCCCCAAGGGCCACAACUAAAACCAUUAAUAUGGUUGCGGACCAUAUUUUCAUUACUCAGGCGAUCCGCACUUGACUUCCCCAUAUUGAUCUCGGCAGUAUUCCUGGCUGCUCUGAAAUGGGAAAGGGAGCGGGAGGAUGGAACUAUGUGUGAUAUCAGAACAUACCAUGCAUAGUGCGUUAAGACAGAUUGGGAUAAUUUUGAAUUUCUGAAUUUACUAGAAAAAAUUCUUAAAAUUUAAACGUAACCUAAUUUUUCAUUAAAAGGGUGUUGAUCGCGACAGGGCAUGCACUAGGUGCACACACAUUCUCACCUAACA